AUGCAGGAAGAGAACCGUCUCCGUGCCAAAGCGAUCCGCGACCAACGCGAAGCGCAUCAACGAGCCACCAACACCGAGCCAACCAUCACCAAGUCAGCGUCAGGGUUCGUGCCGACAGAGAGCGUCCACAUUACGAAGCCAGUCAGCAGUGGCACCAAACGAUCGUACGGCGAACCAUCGCGCGAGAACUCGACAGCCGCGGGCACGAAUCGCGAUGGACGCAACAAGGGUGACGAGGACGCGCUACGUCCGGCCAGAAAGUUCACCAAGUUUGUAGACUACAACAUGUCCUCCAUGACAGACACCAAGGGUGGCUUCCUGAGCACGGAAGACGAUCCGCAUAACUACGCGCUGGGAGGCGGCAAGAAGGACGACGAGCAGCGACCGAAGGAUAUGACGAUCCAAGAAUGGGAGAAGCAACAGCUAAUCAAGAAUCUACAACGAAACAAGACGGGCCCGUACGAGCCGGGACUCAGUGUGCUGGACGAUCCCAAUCAGAGGAAGCGAUGCCGAGACUGCAACUCGUUCGAGAUUGAUUUUGUCUGGCAGGAAGUGUUUCACCUCAGCGUCUGCCAUCGAUGCAAGGAAAAAUACCCUGAAAAGUACAGUCUUUUGACAAAGACAGAGUGCAAGGAGGAUUACCUUUUGACAGAUCCGGAAUUGCGCGACCCAGAACUACUACCGCAUCUGUCGAAACCGAAUCCCCACAAGUCACACUGGCACGACAUGAUGCUGUUCCUCCGCUGUCAAGUGGAAGAGUACGCGCUGAACACGAAAUGGGGAUCUGCCGAAGCCCUAGACGCCGAGUUUGCGCGGCGCGAGACACAGAAACGGACCCGCAAAGAGAGCAAGUUCAAGGAGAAGCUGAUUGAGCUCAAGAGGAAGACGAGGACAGACGCAUUUCGACGGCAGGCGGGGAGUCUGGAGAAGACGGGCGCCAAGGGGUUUGGCGAUCGGAUAGGCGGGGGCCGACACGUUCAUGACUGGGGGCGAACGGUCUUGAACGCGGAUGGCAUGACAGUCAAGACAUGCGCGGACUGCGGGAUGGAAGUCGAGGAGCUGGAAUUGUGA